AUGUCUGUGUCGUCCCACAGGACCAACUCUGACUCCGCCCUCCACACCAGCGUCAUGAACCCACCCUCAGGCGACCCCUUCACCACGGGAGGCUCUGCCCUCACGUCCCACGGAGGCAGGCGCAACGUCUUUCCCUAUCCCGUCCCUCCUAUUGAAGAGAACGUCCUUGAUGAUGGCAAGCUCCUCAAAGCCUGGGACUCCAAGAAGUUUCCUCAGCUGAGCUCCAGACCAAAGUCAUGUGAGGUUCCUAACAUCAAUGUCUUCAUGUCGCCAGAGCAACAGUCCACCCCCACCCACAGCAUCCCCUCUGUGCUCAACACGGGUGGCUCGCUGCCCGACCUGUCCAGCCUGCACUUUCCCUCGCCGCUGCCCACACCGCUUGACCAGGACGAGCCCGGCUACCAAGGCUCCCUGAGCGGGUGCAGCAGCACGGGCAACCUGGCGUCCACGCUCACACAGCUGGGCAUUAAUGCCGCCAACAACGCAGCGGGAGGCAACGGCGCCUUCCACCAUCACACGCCUGGUUUGCUGGCGUCGCUACAGAGCACGCUCAGUAACCCCUCCCUGCAGUCAUCGCUAAGCAACCCAAACAUCCAGUCGUCAUUCAGCAGCCAGUCUUUCACCAACUCCCUAAGCUCCGCCUCCUUGCACUCAUCGCUCAGCAACCCUUCGCUGCAGUCCUCCCUCGGCUCCUCCCCAUCCCUGCCCUCCUCUCUCAGCAGCCAAUCACUGCACUCGUCCCACAGUAGCUCUUCUCUCCAGUCGGCCUCCAGCGGUAACCCAGGCUAUAGUGGCUCCGCCUCUUACGCGCCGUCUCUCAGCACAUCGCCGCGGAGACGGGCCCAUCUCUCGCCACUUAUCCUGCCCAUGGGAGGGGACACACGCCGGCAUCUCUCCAAGCAGUUCUCCCCCACUAUCUCCCCCACGCUAUCCUCCAUCACGCAGGGCGUUCCUCUGGACACCAGCAGGCUGCCUCUGGACCAGCGCUUACCUCCAUACCCGCUCAGUCAGCACCAGACCGCCUCCCAAACCCCCCAGCAGUCCCCUCUGCUGACUCAGCAUCAACCUCAACAGCAGAUGCUCCGUCUCCAGCAGCCACGGUCCAACGCGCAGCUGUCGCAGAACCUUCUCAAUGCUCAGCACUUUGCAGCAGGGGUCAAACAGGAAGCCGAACUACAGAGGAGCGGGAACCUACCACAGCUGCAACAAAUUAGUCACAACUUGUCCUCAGACCUGUACAACGACGCCUUGCUCAACUCGCUGCUGGAUGACUCGUACCUGAGCAUGCAGCUCGGCUCCAAGUCCAACCAGCAGUUCACGGCUGAGAUGCAGGGUGACGUCCUGUCACUGAACCAUGGUGGGCUGGGCAGCGGUCGCACUGACAUGCAGGCGACCCCGGAGUUGGUGGAGCAAACGCUCCUCAACAACCAGAACUACGGCUGCGGCAGCGAUGUUCGGCAAAACGUGCCCAACAUCAUCCUCACCGGCGACUCGCCGCCGGGUUUGUCCAAAGAGAUUGCCAGCGCUUUGUCGCACGUUCCCGGCUUUGAAAUGGACCCCUUCUCCCUAGACGACCCGCUCAGGAUUGACCCAUUAGCUCUGGACAUGCUGGAGGGUGACCUGAUGCUGGCUGACCCUGCUGUGGAGGAUUCGUUCCGCUCCGACAGGCUCAAGUGA